AUGACGCAGCACAAGACGGUGGUGCUCUAUCCGUCGCUGGGCGUUGGCCAUCUCAACCCCAUGGUGGAGCUGGCCAAGCUCUUCCUCCGCCGCGGCCACGCCGUCAUCAUCGCCGUCGUGAACCCGCCUGACAAGGACGCCGUGUCCGCCGACGCGGUAGCCCGCCUCGCCGCCGCCAACCCCGCCAUCACGUUCCGCCUCCUUCUCGCGCCGUCUUCUUGCAGCGAGGAGGACCAUUUUUCCAGCCCGAUUCUGAAAACCAUCGACGUGCUUCGCCGCGCCAACGCUGAGCUACGGGAGCUCCUCCGCGCGCUCCCCGCCGUCGACGCCCUCGUGGUCGACAUGUUUUGCGUCGACGCGCUCGACGUCGCCGCCGACCUCGCCAUCCCCGCCUACUUCCUCUACGCGUCCGCGGUCGGCGACCUCGCCAUCAUGUUCCACCUCCCGUACUACUACCCCGCCGCCCCUUCGUCGUUCAAGGACAUGGGCACGACCCCGCUCCACUUCCCCGGCGUGCCACCCAUCCGUGCGUUGGACAUGUCCACCACGAUGCUGGACCGGGAGAGCGACAUCGCCAAGGAACGGCUGCGCCAGUACACGCGGAUGCCCGAAGCUAGAGGCUUCCUCGCCAACAGCUUCGAUUGGCUGGAGUCGAGGGCUCUCGAAGCACUCAGAGGGUUCGUCGUGAAGAACUGGGCGCCACAAGCCGAGGUGUUGCAACACGGAGCCGUUGGUGCGUUCGUGACACACUGUGGGUGGAACUCGGUACUCGAGGGGAUCGUGUCUGGCGUGCCGAUGAUCUGCUGGCCACUGUACGCCGAGCAGAGGAUGAACAAAGUGCAUGUGGUGGAGGAGAUGAAAGUAGGGGUGACGAUGGACGGCUACGAGAAAGAAAUUGUGAAGGCGGAGGAUGUGGAGGCGAAGGUGAGGCUGGUGAUGGAGUCGGAGGAAGGGAACAAACUCAGAAAAAGGCUCUCGGUGGCCAAGAAGAUGGCGGCCGAUGCUCUGAAGAAAGGCGGGUCGUCUGACGUGGCUUUUGAAGAGUUUCUGCGGGACUUGGAGAAGUGUAGUUCCGAUUCUAACAAAAAGACGAUGUAA